GGAUUCCCCCGAGCUCGAUGCCUUCUAUGGGAAAAAGACUCUCCCUAGGGCGUGUGAGCGAUCGAUUCCACUCCACGACGAGUUGCUGCGCCCACCUCCUUGGUUGCGUCUUGAUGUCACACAGUGCCACGUCAGACACAGUGCCACGUCAGCAGUGCCACGUUAGACAGUGCCAUGUCAGCAUUGCCACGUCAGAUACAAUGCCACGUCAGCAGUGCCACGUCGGACAAAGUGCCACGUCAGCAGUGCCACAUCAGCAAGAUGACAGGCCUGCCAGACCAGCUGGCCAAUGAGUCUCUUGCCGGCUACAAAAAGCGGUUCCAUGCUCAGCUUGCACUCACCGAGGCUGAGGAACAAUGCCAGCUGGCAGCCGAGGCUACCCGCCAACAGGCUGAAGCAGCGGCAACCACAGAGAAGCUGUGGCUACAGGCCGAAGCAGACGCAGAUACCCAGGCACGCCGCAAGGAAGCCCAUUAUCUGCUGCAGCGGCAUGAGGCAGCAAGCAUCGAGAAACUCAAGUUCUGGCUCUUUGAACCCAACGGCGACGCGGCCAUACCGGAAGAGCAACACAAGGAGUUCCUCUCCAAGCUCGUGACACAGAUGUUGUAUGCAUGCAACUACCAACGGUCCAAGCUAGAGAAACAGCACUCGAAGUUGGCGAGUCUCCGCCGGACAGUGCAGAGCCACGAGGAUGCAACACGGGCACUCAAUGCCCGUGUGCUGGACCUGGAACAAGCUGUGCCAGGACCAGAUGCUGGUGUUUCCAGCAGUGCACCCUCCAACCUCCAACUGGAGGAACGCGUCGAUCAUGUAGUGGCAAUCCUAGGUGACAUCAGCACCUUCGCAGCGCCAUCCACCAUCAGCCAGCAGCUGGACACACUGAAGACCGAGAUCAGGCAGCGACAACGGCCAUCUGACCCCGAUCGCAGCACCAGCACAGCGAAGCAUUACAAGAUGCCGACGUUCCAGAUCGAGAAGUUCGAUGAUUACACACAUAAGGACCCGGUCGUCUGGUGGCAAGGUUUUACGACAGAAUUGGGGAUUCAUGAGGUCCCCAAACAUCUGUUCAUCGGCGCACUGUUCCUUAAUGCCAAGGGAGGAUGCCAGAUCUGGCUUGGCCAUAUGGCAACCGUCCACGGUGUCGAGGUCUUCGACCUACACACAAAGAUCUCCUGGGAGGAUCAGACAAAGGAAUGGAAAAAGCGGUUCAUCGUGGACGACGCCCCGGCGCUCGCCAUCAACCACAUCUUCACGAUGGCUCAAGGGAACACACCGACACGUGAUUGGCUCACGGGUUGGCAGAAGAUCGUGGCGACGCCCGAUUUGGACUUACCAUUCCCACAUUUGCGCCGAGAGUUCUACAAUAGAUCAUGCGCCGCUUUGAGCCUCGCACUUGGUGAUCACGAGCAGUACAGCACCUUCGCCGAAAUCAUCAACAAGGCAAGGAAGAUCAUCAAGAUCAACAGGGCAGCUGCACACGAGAAGUCAACAUGGCAGCCCACCUUUGUGGAGAAGCUGAAGACUGUUCCGUGGCCGCAGCAUGUCGCUGCAGUCCAUACGGAUAGUGAAGAAGACCUCGCAGCCACUCCAGCAUCACGUGAGGGAGAUCAGGUGGCUGUUGUCCAGCCAAGAAGCAACAACAAGUCCUGGAAUAAUGGGAAGGUGAAAUCCGCAUCGCAGGCUGGAAAUGGACAGCCAGCACCAUGGGUCAAGUUCAACUUGACCGAGGCCGAGUACAAGUUCCGCGGCCGUUACGGCUGUUGCUACUGGUGCAAUAGCACCAAGCACRAGACGUCCCUCUGCCAGGAUCAGGGCAAGGAGGAUGUGCGGCCUCUCGGAGUUUGGACGAGCAUGUGGAACACCUGCGCACCGUUUUGGAGCGGCUACAACAAGUACAAGGCAAACCGCGACAAGUGCGAGUUCGCACAGCAGGAGCUGGAGUACUUGGGACACUAUGUGACAUCGAAAGGCAUCCGUCCGCUUCCGGACAAGAUCGAGGCCCUACGAGUAUGGCCCGAGCCCACCAACACCACGGACGUUCGUUCAUUCAUGGGGUUGGCGGGCUACUAUCAGCGAUUCAUCACCGGAUACUCCAGGAUUGUUGCACCUAUGACAAGGUUACAGUCGCCAAAGGUGCCAUUCGUAUUCGAUGACGACACACGCCGGUCAUUCCAAGCACUCAAGACGGCCAUGCUCAUGGCACCUGUCCUCAGCAUCUAUGACCCCGUACUGCCAACGAGAGUGACUACGGACUCUUCCAACUAUGGCAUUGGGGCAGUCUUGGAACAACACAACGGCGACGACUGGCACCCUGUGGAGUAUUUCAGCCACAAAGUGCCUCCCAUCAACUCGCUUGAUGAUGCAAGGAAGAAGGAGCUGCUCACAUUCGUGAUGGCUCUCAAGCGCUGGUGGCACUUCCUCCUUGGGCGUYGUAGGUUCACAUGGGUCACGRACAACAAUCAAUUGACYUACUACAAGACGCAGGAUACGGUGAGCCGCACAAUCGGACGAUGGAUGUACUUUAUCGACCAAYUUGACUUCACACCGAAACAUCUUCCYGGACUCUCGAACCGCGCAGCAGAUGCACUCUCACGAAGACCUGAUCUUUGCGCCAUGACACAUCAUGCCUUCGCAUUCGACGAGGAGCUUCAGCGACACUUCAUCCGGGCAUACGACGACCGCGACACUCAUUUCAUGUCGGCAUUUUGGACUGCUCUCAUGCAUGAGUCUGGCACAACAAUGAAACCAAGUUCGGCUCGGCAUCCACAGACAGACGGGCAGAAGGAGCGGGCACAUCAGACCGCUCAAAUGAUGCUUCGUACGCUCAUCCGUCCGGACCAGAAAGAUUGGGUUGACCGCCUCCCCGACAUCGAGUUCGCCUACAACACUUCGGUGCACCCGGCAAUCGGCGUGACUCCAUUCGAGUUGCACCACGGUGGACGGAAAGGCCGUAUCUUCGCCGACCUUCUCCUCCCUCGACCAGCCGACAUUGACGCCACUUGCUCUCCUGCUUCCGUCCGGAAGUACAGGGAAUUGCUGGCUCAAGCCCGCGCAAACAUGCAAAAGGCUCAAGUCCGCAUGCAGCAGCAAGCCAACAGGCGUCGCAUGCCAUGUCCCAUCCGCGCCGGUGAUCGAGUUUGGGUCUCUGCGGAAGAGUUUGCAUUGGGACAGGAUGUUUCACGGAAACUGCUUCCCAAGAGGUUUGGACCUUGGUCUGUGACAUCAGUCGCGAGCGAUAAGCCCGAUGGCCCUUCAUUUGUGAUCAACAUUCCCGAGCAUCUUACGGUCCAUCCAGUCUUUCAUGCGUCGAAGCUGGCAACAUAUACACCAGCUAAGAGCAACCACUUCCCGGGCCGAUGAUCGCAGGACCCUCCAUCUAUGGAUGGUCAUCAGGAGGUUGACCGCUUCAUCUUGGAUCGCAAGUACGGCAGCAAGCCACGCCACUAC